AUGCCAAAGAUAAAUUUCCACCUCAAGUCCAUCCUGGCCGUGAGGAAGAAGGUGAAGGCGAACAAGGCGGAUCAGGUUCUCCCCAGCGCCUACCGGAAUGGCCUCACCGUCAUCGUCGGCGAGUUCUGCGGAACCUUCAUGUUCCUGCUCCUCGCCUUCAUCGGCACCCAGGCGGCGCUGGACCAAAACUACCCGGGCAACACGGACGCGCCCUUGUUCCCGGCCACGCUGCUCUACAUCGCCUCGUCCUUUGGCUCGUCCGUCGCCGUCAAUGUGUGGAUCUUCUUCCGCGUCACCGGCGGCAUGUUCAACCCAGCCAUUGUCGCGGGCAUCGCCGCCGCCGCCGUCGCUGACGGGCUCCUGCCGGGUCCCCUCCUCGUCGCCGACACGCUCUCCAACGGGACGAGCGUCGUCCGCGGUCUCUUCAUCGAGAUGUUCCUCACCUCGCAGCUCGUGCUGACCGUCUACUUCCUCGCCGUCGAGAAGCACCGAGCGACGUUCCUGGCCCCGAUCGGCAUCGGCAUCGCGGUCUUCAUCGCUCACCUCUGCGGCACCAACUUCACCGGCACCGGCAUCAAUCCUGCCCGGUCAUUUGGCCCCUGCGUCGUCACCGGGGACUUCACCACCUACCAGUGGAUCUACUGGGUCGGGCCCUUCAUGGGCUCCUUCCUGGCCUGGGGCGCCUACAGCCUGCUCAAGUGGCUCGACUACGCGACCGCCAACCCGGGUCAGGACGCGGCCGACGACGUCGAGAAGGGUAACAGGGCCAAGAUUGUCCACGUCGGGCCGGGCAACGCCGCGCGGAAGCCGAACGGCCACCGUUCGAUGCCGAGCGACGUGACGACACUUGCGUCACCGACGGCGCCCGACAUGGGACGGAGGGAGACGACGACGUCAGCAGAUGGGCCGAGCAACUCGGAUGCCGGGCCGAGCGAGAGCUCGCCGAGCACCGUCGAUCGCGCGUCGGCCGAGAAUCAGAGCAGCGCCGCCCCCGCCGCCGACAGAGCGGAAGGCGCCGCUUCGAAAAAGUAA